AAGCAACAUUCAGCAUAAAUGUGUCCUUAUUCUGAAGGUUUGUACUCAGAGACAGACCUAACGUGUGAUGCAAAGUCUAAAAUAAUGGGCAUUAAACCUGUGGCUUACUUUCUCUGUUUCCCUUCCUACCUACCGCCUGUUAUUCCCCAGGGCAGUGUUAAAUGUAGAUAAGAAAGGUUCAAUUGGUUUUGUUACAAGGCUGAUAAUCUCCCCCCUCCUUCCUUCAUUGAUUCACUGUUGCCUGUUAGUUGGCUUAAAUGGGUUUUAGCCAAAGAUUGGCAAUUAUCAUAAAAAAGAAGGUAACACGCCAGGGAGUUCAUUUUCCUUGUUGACGCUUGCAUUCGUUUGAAUUCUUCACACCCCAGCCCAGUUUCCCACUUUCUCACUUGUCAACCUACCCACCCCCUUUGUCAUAAAAAGGGUCUCACUAGACCCAAACCCGCAGACUUGGCUUGCAUGCCACCCACAGGGAAAUUGUCUGCUGCUGCUGCUUCCCCAUCUCUCAAGCUUUCCUCCCAAGGAGAGGCAAAGUCCAGGACACAUUGGAGAUACAUGGAGGGGAACAUGGACUCUGAGAACCCUCCUUUCUUUACUUCAUGGGACUGGAAGAAUGCUUCAGCCGGAGCAGGAGCUGGGCCUUUGGAGCUCAGCCAGAACUCAUCCCCUCUGAGCACGUCUCCAUCCCCUUCCUUUGAAUCGUACUCCUCUUCUCCUUAUCCACUCAUGAUGGAGAUGCCCUGUGCCAACAGCCACAGCAGUAGCACCACUGGCAGCAGGACUGAAAGUGGCCUCGGCAACAGCAGCCACAGCAACUUAAGGGGUAGCUGCCCCUUGAUGGAGUUUCCUUACAUGUACCUUCCAGGUCCUGGACAGGGCAUCAAAGGCCAGAGGGGCUCCACAGUCAGGAUGUCGGUCCAACGCAGGAGGAAGGCCAGCGAAAGGGAGAAGCUGAGGAUGAGGACCCUGGCAGAGGCUCUGCACACUCUCCGCAACUACCUGCCUCCUGUCUACAGCCAAAGAGGCCAGCCUCUCACCAAGAUACAGACUCUGAAAUACACUAUCAAGUACAUCAGUGAGCUCACGGACCUGGUGAACAAUGUCAAGCAAGGUCAGGUGCCUUGAAGGUGCCUUUGCACGUCUUCUCCGCCUGAAAAAGAACAAACCCUUCCCUCUUUUCUUGAAUGUCUCAGUUUUAUCUCUUGUCUUGAGCAUUUUCCAUUGGAACUAUUCAACACAACAAUUAUAUUCUACUGACUAUUCUCCAGGAAUGUCCAUAACCGUAUGGUGACAUAUCAGCCAGUUGUUGCUUAUUUCUUGGGCUGCAACAAAGAAGGAAUCCAUAGGAUCUGCAUCAGGUCACCAGUCAUAGGUGACCACAUUUCAUCUUUUUCUGCCUGUUUCAUAAUGGUGCGAUAUCCCCAAAUCUCUGUGUAUAUGUAUAUAUUUUAAUUAUGUCUAUUGGUGGAUAGGCACUUUAUAUUAGCAGAUGGAAAAUAAUGUAUGCUUAGUUGAAGACUUGCUGCUUAAUGAAUGCCCCACAAUAGCAGAGGGUGGGUGGCUUUUAAAUAAAAAGUUGUGUCCAAAAAUUAUUUGUAUUAUAUCUCUGAUUUAAGAGAUUGGAUUCAUGAGUUUGAGUAAUAAUUUUUUCUAACUGUUAUUACUACUAGCCUUUAGAAAGUAUUUAUUGUCAAAUGUCAUCAGAUCAGCUCAAGCUAGUGUUUUUCAUAAUAUGAAGUGAAUUGAUCAUGCUGAUUUAACUCUGUAAUCCUUUGUUGCUUUGUAAAUGCAAAAUUGCUUAUUAUUGUUAUUUGAAAAAAAUUCAUUGACACAGUUGCAUAAGGUAUAGUAACCAGAUCUAGAAAGACAUUUAGGGUUUUUUGGAGUGGUGGGGAUGGAAGGUUGUUUCUUAUUUUGUCUUUGCUUUUUAAGCAGGAGUAACAGAUAAAAGAGCAAGAGUUGGAAAAAUAUUUAUUUGGACAAAAACUUCCAUUAUCCCCAGAUAUCAUAACCACUGGCUGGGAUUAUGGUCCAAAAUAGUAACCUUUUCCAAGUGCUUUAUAAAACUCCCAUGCAAAAGAUAGGAAAACAGGAAUCAUCAGAAUGUUAUAAGAAUAUUUGGGAUUUCUUUUUGUAAAGGUGACUGUGACAAUGUUAUAAUUUACACACACACACACACACACACACAUCCAACACAAUGGAGGGCCCAUCCAGACAGGCCCUAUAUCUGAUCCCAGGUUUCCUGCUUUAAACUGGAUUAUACGAGUCCGCACUGCCAGAUAAUCUGAGAUAAACAGAAAAACUGGGAUCAGAUCCUGAGAUAUGGAGCCUGUUUGGAAGGGCCCUGAGUAAUUAAGGCAUGAUUCUGCAAAAACAAUGCUUUGUCCCACUGAAAGCGAUUGCAUGGAAUGUAAUUGAUCACUACAUAAAGUUCUCUUGAUUUCAGACACAAUUUGUCACAAGUUUUUGUCCCCUGAUUGUCCCCCUCAAAUAAGUUAUACAUUUCCCAGGUCAAUAGAUGUAAUCCGUGGGCUGCUUAAAUCAUGGCAAAAAACCUGCUCAAAGUGCAUUUGGGUAUGCAGUGUGUUUGUAGAUCAUCAGAUAUAAACAUCAUAUAUUUGUAUAUUUCAGUGAUAUACAAUAAACAUGCACUAAACAUGGAUGCCAAGGGCCUAUGCAAUUUGAAGUUUAAGACAAUAUCUUAUGCAAAAUGACUUUUUGAGUUGGAAAUGUGUCCUAUCUGAAGCUUUCUGUGUUUUGGCUGGCUCUUCUUGUUACAUUAUUAGCAUGUAAGAUGUGUACCUCUAGCAUCUGUUGUUUAUAAUACCUGAAACCUCAAAUCUAACCCUUGAGCACAAUCCAGAUCUGUUAAAUGCUAAUAACUGCUCUGCUGUUGGCUGCAAUUAGUUUAGUGAACAACAAGCAGAAGAUUAAUGACCAAGAGAUCCCAAAUUUAUAUCAAAGCACCAUAUUAUUGUGCCAAAGGUCCUAGGAAGAGCCUUUAAAAGUUGCUUUGUGAGUGCCUUUAAUCACUGGGAUGUCUAAAAGUUGUCAUGCGUUAAUGAUCCUUCCCAUAUUCUGGUUCUAACCUGCAAUUUAAGACCAGUGUAGUUGUCCAAAUUCCACCAUAUCUCUUAAAUUUGUGUAGUUUCCUAAAGGAUUCAAACAAGCCACCACCACUGUACUCCUGAAUUGUAGUGUGUAUCAAAAUUUGGGGCUGGAUCUACACUGCCCUUAACCCCCAGAAUCUGAUCUCAGAUUAUCUUCUUAUCCCAGAUUAUCUGGCAGUGUAGACUCAUAUAAUCCAGUUCAAAGCAGAUAAUCUGGGAUCAAAUUCUGGGAUAUAAGGCAGUGUAGAUCCAUCCUGGGUUGCGUGAUUCAGUGCUUCCCUAAUAUGUAUUUUGAAAACCUAUUGGCUAUGUUUAAAGUGUAACGAACUCAAGCAGAUGUUAUCAGUUGUAAAUACGCCACUAAUUCUUCUUGUGACACUGUUUGUUUUUCAAUAUUCUAUUUGAUUUUCUUCUAAGAUGAGAUCUGACAAUAUGCUGCAGAAUAUUAAUAUUUCAAAUAAAUAUCUAUGUACUUACACAUAUAAACAUAUGAAUGGAUUUAACCAUAUGUCUUAUAUUUUUAUAUUGUAUUUAAUUGUUCUUAAUGGAUUUUAUAUAUUGUUAUGUUUUUAACUAUGCGUCUGCAUCAAAUUGUUGCCAAUUGUGUAAGCCGCCCUGAGUCCCUUCGGGUGAGAAGGGAGGGAUAUAAA